AGCGCGCUGUGCUGGCUUGCUUUUUGCUCCAGUUCAGCCAUCAACACGGCUAUAAGCGCUGCAAACAUGCCCCCCGCCGGCCCAUCCUUGCAGGCCUUCCGCCUCUCGCUCUACGUCGCGCUCCCCGUCGCCGCCACGGUGCUCUACAGCCAGCCCUCGAUUAUGAAUCAGAUUAUCUCGUUCUUUAACUACACGGUCUACCCGCCGGCCGGGCCGCCGCCGCCGACGGCCGACGAGAUGGAGAAGCUGAUGAAGGAGCGCCGCGCGAAGCGAUGAGGCGGGUUGUGCUGGUGCUGGCCGCGGCGGCGGCGUUCGAUGAAUCGCUGUUCGACCCGGACGCCUGCGCACGCGGGCUCGAGCACGCGUGCGCCUACGGCCCGCCGCCGGCGAAGGCGGCCGUCGCGCUGCCGCUGCUGCACGAGCCGCGCGUCAAGCUCUGGUGGCCGGCGCUGGACGACGUCGUCGAGAUCGCCCAGGACAGUUCCGAGCCGUACGACGCGCCCACGACGCUGUGGCCGGCCGGCGCCGUACUUGCACAUGCCCUCGCGUCGGACUGCGCCUCCUGGCAGGGCAAGGUCAUUCUUGAGCUUGGCUGCGGAGUGGGUGCCGCGGCGCUCGCAUUGGCGCGCUGCGGCGCCAGCGUCGUCGCCACGGAUAUAUCCGAAGCGGCCCUCGCGCUAGCCGCCGAGAACACGAACGGAACCGUCGCGACGGACGUCUCCGGCGCGACGCCUGCGCUCGCGGCCAAGAACGCGAACGGGACCGUCGUCACGCGAUUAUUAGACUGGGACGACGACGCCGCGCUGCGGGAGGUGCUUGCUGAGGGCCCCUUCUUCGCCGUCGUCGGCGCGGCGCUGAAGUUUGAGGACUGGCCGGUCGGCCGCCUCGACGCCGUCCUCGGCGUGCUGGACCCGACUGUCGUCGUCCUGGCGCACGCCUGGGCCGAUGACGACGUUGAAGACCUGCUGGGAGACCCCUGGAGGCGGGCCGCGUCGUUCGCCGGCGCGGCCGUGGGGCUCGAGGAGUUCUCGGCCGUGACGUGGGUGCGGCGGGCGCCUGACUUGUAGUAGGUAGUGUUAAACUAGCGGU